AGGAAGAUUUGUGAAUGUUAUUCGUUCAAAGUCAUCCGUCUCGAAAGCAUCUCAUGAGCUCAAUUAAGGACGGAGGGAAAUCGCCCUGCUUCUGGGUGGGCAGCGUCCUCCUAGGGGCGCUGAUUUUGGCCCAGUUGUACUUCGACGUGUACAUGUUCGGCGGGUUUGUCCACAUCAUGAACAACCAGGAGCAAUUAAACGUCAAAAUUUUUGACAACCAAAUGGAAAUGGAAAGGUCGCUUCGAACAAAGAGGGAAUCGCCAUCGGACUGUUCCUGCAAGGAUGGGUUACCAGGACUUCCAGGAAUGAAGGGAAACACAGGUUUGAAUGGCCACGACGGAUUUCCAGGUAUUCCAGGUCCACGAGGGCCGAAAGGAGACAGAGGACUUGUUGGUCCAGCAGGCCCCGCGGGAUAUCCAGGAGUCACAGGCGAGAAAGGUGAUGCAGGAUAUCCAGGACUCCCAGGAAUCCAAGGCCCACCUGGCCCACCUGGGCCGCAAGGAUGAUGGGCUUUUUGAGUGAUUUCAAGUUGGAACCGCCAUGACGUCUACACAAAUUUGGAACGCAGUAGGGGAAGAGAUUUUAAAUUUUAUAAGUAAAAUUGUUCACAAAAGUUUGAUUCAAUUUAAAAUAUAAAAUAAAUAUUGGACGUACAUCAAUAAUUUUCAUCAAAUAACAAAUGUCGCGUGUUUUUUUAUUUCCUACUGAUAACAAAACAUGGCGCGAUUAAAAAAAUUUAAUGCCCUUCACGUGCUCAAAUGCGAGAUGAUCACAUUUAAAAUUACCCAAGAUAAACGUUGAUAAAGAAGCCGACGAAAAAAAAACGCAGAGUCAGUCUUAUUUUUGUCAGGAUGGUUUCUGGAGGCGAACAAAACUCGUCCCGUCUGUGGUACGGACUCUUUUUCUUGGGACUUUUAAUUUCGGCACAACUGGCUUUUGACUUCUACGUCGCCUCAACCUUGAACAGGAAUUUUGAAGUGCAACAGAAAAUUUUGGAACAAUUGUCUAAAAAUCCUGCACAAAACGAUGCUCACAUUUUACAAUCAAUAGCAAAUGAAGAAGCCUGUCCAUUAGAAGCACUCAAAAAGGCUGGAGGCGACAUCCAAUCUAUGCCUGUGAUUGAUGGCCUGAAAAGCUUUCGAAACGUGGCGGAAGUUUUGGUAGAAGAUGGGAAGUAAUGGCAGUUUGUAAUAUUCACGGAUCUUUUAAAAUGUCAGUCAAUUUACAAUAAAUAACGUUUAAAAUUUAA